CAAUCAGUUCUGUGUGAACAUGAAUUACGGUGGAUCAUGGUUUGAUUAUAACUGCCAUGAACCGCGUCCAUUUGUCUGCUACAGAGGAACAUUAGAGGAUUCUGACUUUGUGCUGGUGAAUACAGCAAAGAAUUGGACUGAGGCUCAGAGGCACUGCAGAGAAAACUACACAGAUCUGGCCACUGUGAGGAACGACACUGACAGAGACAAGAUACGGAACUUUAUAAAACAUCUCGAAUGGGCAUGGAUCGGUUUGUACAGAGAUCCUCAGAUUUACUGGUCCGACGGGAGUAACUACUCAUUCAGCUCCUGGUAUCAGGGUGACCACCCACUUGGCUCGAUGAAAGUCGUAUGUGGUGUUUCAGAUUUGGAGAAGGGAGGAAAAUGGAGCUUAUUUUCCUGUGAAGAAAGAAAACCAUUUGUCUGCUACAGCGUCCCAACAGCAGUAAAGACGUUGGUGAAGGUGAGGGUGGAGCUACAGGACUCCUCUGUGGACCUGAAUGACCCUGCUGUGAAAGAACAGAUUCUGAAAGAGCUCCAGGAAAGAUUGAAGGAGAAAGGACUGAGUGGCGUCACCUUGAAGUGGAAAGAAAAGGCUGAUGGGAAAGUUUUCCACAAGGAGGAAAAAGGUUCCGACAAGAAAAAAAAGUCUGAUCUUUAAUAUUUGAAUUCAACUUUUAUUGCAUGUGCUAAUGUUUCAUGUCUGCACGUAUACACACCUCUAUCACUGUACGCAGUUAAACCAUACCAAUGAAUGCUGUUGUAGAAAAACUAGCCUUUGUGUGCUUAUAUGCUUAAACUGUGCGUCCGUGUUUAAAGAGCAUCAGGAACUUUAUGCAGCCCGGGAAGAAUGUCUAAUUAACAACAGACACAGGGAGAGUCUCCAUCUGAAGGAAAAUGUAAUUAGUUGCUAGGCAGGUUAAUAAUGUUACAGUUGAUUACGUCUUAUACUAAGGGAAUGACAAAGACCCACAGCACAGGUCAAGGUCAUGUAAAACAGAUUUCUGUUUGCAACUGUAUGCAUUUCACCAGACAGCACCAUAUAUCCAGCAUAAAGAAAUGUAAUCAUGUAUGUGCCCUUACUGGAAUGAUUGUUUUUUUAACCUAUAUUAAGUGUGUGGAAAUGUAAUAAUUAAAAAAAAAUGCAGAUAGACAUCACCCGAAUCUAAUGGAGUCUGGAGACAGGACCUUCUAAAUCGAGUAAGGCCUGAAACAGAGGCCUCCAAAACUCCAAGAUUUAUAAUGGUGUCAAAGUUAGACCAACAACCACAACUUUAAUACACCAUUAGAAUCGACCCCUGACGUAACUGUAGGGGGAGACAAAGUCAACUUGGGAAAGUAUGACACCAUUCGGUUCGGACGAAUCAGGAGUUUGAACCAAUCAGGAGGUGGAGAGAUUCACCUCCUGAUUGGUUGAACGGGCAACAGCAGAGACGAGGAUGAGCAUAUAAGCAGAGGGUUUGA